UAAAGUCCUCUGAUCGUGCUUAGGCCUUGGAAGAUGAAGUGUUGGUGAGGGGUGUUGAGGGCGGUAGAACGAUCCUCCUCCUUGCACGCAAACUGGACCAUCCUGCACCGCACAGAGUAGAGCAACUGGUAGUGGAUCACACCGUGAUGUUGUUCAGCUGUCGCUUUUUGCAUUGCUGCUCAUUCUAAUUUGCCAUGGCUCUCUGCAAAACUCGUGUUGUACUCCACCAUCCUAUAACUAUGCCGGGCAAGGAUUCCUCCCAACCUCAUCAUAACUUGUUUCCCGAGCAAGCCAAACACCACGACCAUGAAAUCGCACGCAAAAAUGUCGAGGCAGAUAAACCCAUCGGUUAUGGAGCGUUUGGAGUUGUUUGGGCUGUUACAGAUCCAAGGAGUGGCAAGAGAGUCGCGUUAAAGAAAAUGCCAAAUGUUUUCCAGAACAUUGUUUCAAGCAAGCGUGUCUACCGUGAACUCAGAAUGCUUUGUUUCUUCAAACACGAAAAUGUUGUGAAAGCAUUGGAUAUCUUGCAACCCGACCCAAUCGAUAUCUUCCACGAACUAUAUGUCAUUACUGAACUCCUGCAGUCAGACCUGCAUAAGAUUAUUGUCUCACCUCAACCAUUAACAUCAGACCAUGUAAAAGUGUUCCUGUACCAAAUAUUAAGAGGCUUGAAAUACCUCCAUUCUGCUGGGAUACUCCAUCGUGACAUAAAGCCAGGCAAUCUGCUGGUUAACAGCAACUGUCAACUUAAGAUAUGUGACUUCGGGCUAGCCAGGUGUGAAGAGCUUGAUAAAAGCAGGGAAAUGACACAAGAGGUUGUAACUCAGUAUUACAGAGCCCCUGAGUUACUCACUGGAUCUACAUAUCAUUCUUAUGGGGUGGAUCUGUGGUCGGUUGGUUGUAUUUUCGCCGAGUUGUUAGGUCGCAAAAUUUUGUUUCAAGCACAGAGCCCUAUACAGCAGCUGAACCAAACGAUAGACCUUCUUGGUACUCCACAUCCAAGUGACAUCAGAGCUGCAGGUGCCAGUGAUGGAGCAUUCAAAUACAUAAUGUCUCAGGCAUUCAAACCGCCUGCAAUGCAUCGUCUGUAUAACUUGUCAAGCCUUGCCACGCACGAAGCAGUGCAUUUGCUAUGUAGAAUGCUUGUUUUUAACCCUGACAUGCGCAUCACUGCAACGGAUGCCUUGUCGCACCCUUACCUCGAUGAAGGCCGGCUAAGAUACCACACUUGCAUGUGUACAUGCUGCCAUAAUACCCCGAAUGGACGGCAGUAUUGUGGAGAUCUUGAGCCAAUAUGCCCUAUCCCGUACGACCUUACAUAUGAAGAUGGUCUCCACUCGGUAAAAAGUGUUAAGGAACACAUUUUUAGAUUCAUAAUCGAUCAUCAUCGCAAGUCCGGAACUGUCCCACUUUGCCUGAACAUGUCAUCUCCUGUAUAUAAAACUUUUCAAAGCUCAUCCGUCGCGCCACAGCCUGACAUCGCUGAAUCGCCUCGGCUUUGGUAGCUAGUCUGUUUUCUGUUUAUAAUUAACUGAACGCUCAUCAAAUUUUUGAAUCGAAGAUUUGUAAAUAUAUUAUUAAUCUAUUUCUAAAUCAACAUUUAUUUGUUUUGGCAGUUCAAAAACUGCAAAUACUUUGUUUUGCUUAGCAAGAUGUAACUUCAUUACAGUGCCAGCCACAAGCACACAAGAUUCAAGCGCCUUUCCAUAUACCCUUCCUAACUUGUAUUCGUUUCUUAUUUUCCAGUAUAAAAGAAAAUAAACACCAUUUGCAAAUUUCUUAGAAAUAUUGAUCAAGAGAACUAAAUUUCACCAACGCAUGGCCAAAAAUAUUUUCUUCAAUCAGUUCCCUUAACAAUCACUGGCGGUCUUUUGCUCAUAACAAAAUAAAUUUUACCAUCUGUCUUCGUAAAUUUUUUUUAAAGAGUAUAUAUUUGAAAACUUUUCGGCAGUUUUUCCUUAAAAGAAUUUAAAGCCUGCCAGCCUUGGAAUAGAGUUAUUGGCCUUAGAAGGUGUCUUCCUUUUCAAUAGCAAUUAAAAAUUUCUUUUUCGAAGCUUUUUUCAUCUAAAGAGACGCUGGUAUCAAAAUCCACAAUUUAUUUUUUUUAACAAAAAGUUGUGAGUUUUGUUUAGAUAUUUCUCACUGUUAGUGGUGCAAAAUACAUUCGCUGUACGAGCGAAGUUGGCGAUUUGUAAAAAAGUUGGUGUGAUUUCUUAAGAAUUUGCUGUUAAAUAUUAAUUAUUAACCAAAGAAUUUCGUCUCGGUCCAGCCUUGUUAUCGAGUUUGAAUAAGUUGAAUCGCCUAUUUUUGCCAAAAAUUGUGUAAUUCUUUUGCUUUUUUAAUAAUCAAACGAACAAAUCAUCAGCUGUUUCUUAGGAUUCCUUUUUACUCAUGAAACAAAGAUGGUUUUAUCGAACUUUUCUCACAAUUUAAGCCUUAAUCAGCCUAAAGCCAAUCCAAGGUCGUGAAUAAAUCAGAUAUACGUCAAAUUUUUGCCAACCUUGCCAUGUUAAACUAAAAUGCUUGUUUCUAGUGUGCUUAAUGCAGCAUUGGUUUGAAAACUUGUAGAUCAUCUAUUGAUGCUAGUAGAUUGAUUUAUUGAUUGUUUGAUAUGAUGGCUUGAUUUCAUGGGAGCAAGUUUUGGAGAAGUUGGAUUCCAUUGGGAUUAUCUGGUAAUUUUGGUUGUUAGCAACGACAGUUAUCGUGUUUUUGUCUGUAGUUGUCAUGUCGGGUGAUCUUCUUGUUUGUCGACAUCAUGAUCACAAUCACCAUAGUCAUUGGUAGUAUCAUCUUCAUUAUCAACCACCAAUCAUUAUUCACCAAUCGUAAAUCAUUAUAAAUCAUUGCAAUCAUCACCGUUAUCAUCAAACAUCACCACUUGUGAUUGUGAUUGACUUAUACUUACAGUUGUUGUAUCACUGUAUUACUGCCGUCAGAUAGUCCUUUAGUUGAUGCAUGCUUUUUCAAGCCAAGACUUUGGACAUCCCUUCUGAAAUGUAUUGUUUAACAUUGCAAAAUUUCACAGACAAACACGGUAGCUGAAUAUUGUUAACGAUGGGUAGUUUUAGGAUUUAGUGACCAGAAUAAUCAAUUUGGAAAAUGCACAUCAUAUUGUCGUAUGUUUGUUUAUAUAAAGUUUGUUAACAUUAAUUAAGUAAUCAUUAAUCUGAUGCAGGCACGUGACUUUGGGCCAAUUAUUCCAACGUUUGACUUGUCCCAAAUUUGAAAAACGAUAAUGAUUUUUGUAGGUGACACAGCCCCCUCUUGUUCCUUUUUAACUGUUGUUUCCUAGGAAUAUUCUUUUAUCUAAGUAUUAUAUUUCUCCCUUAAAAGUAUGUACUUUUAACCGAUGACCUUUAAAGGAAAACGGUUUGUUGUUUAAAACCUGUUCGUUACAAGACACCAAUGCACUAGGCACUUUGAUUUCAAGAGGGAAGGUGAUUGCAACGUUCGGUAAACUUAUUGUCUUGAUAAGUAGCUAAAAUCAUUCUUGGAGCCUGGAUUUUUAAUUGCCUUAUGAAUACACAAACGUGAAUUAGGAUUUCGUCCUACCAAUGGCCAACCAUACCGCUUUUUGUAAAUCUUUAUGUCUCAUAAUUCCAUAGGACGCUGCAGAAAUGGCAGAAAUCAGCGACUAGAUUAACUAUGUUUAUUUAGCACUGUUAUCAAUUUUUAAAUCUUAAUAAUAAUUUUCACCCUUAAAUGCUUCCUUGUAAGCAAAACAAUUAUCUCAUUUUGCAAUACAGUUUUCAUGGAUCAAUUGUAGAACCAUAAACGAAAUUAUCUUGAUCCAUUCAGUCGCCAGAUAUAGCAUUUGCUCGCUUCUUUUCCAAAAUAUUGUCUAGCCUAACUGACUCUGGAUUGGUAUCCUCUAACCAAAUGCCCAUAAUAUCGACUUUAGGCUAAUGCCGUUCUAGACAGCGUCCACGUAAUUUCGCUGCAAUUUUGAUUUAAAUUUUAGGCAGGCAGGACUAGGGGUGUCAAAAGAGCCCAGUUAAGAAUCUAUUGUAAGCUUUUAGAAAUCAAUGGAAAAUAUGGUUCAUAUAGCCUGUUAAUUGUGUUCCAUUUACAAUCAUCACUGAUAAUCAAUAGUUUAUAUUUAUUCCUGUAUGUAACUAUUUAAUGUUUUUUUACAACAUAAGCUACGUUGAUAACUGUAAAUUGAGAUGUAAAGUCAAUUAAACUUAUUUCAAAAUGGAAAAUUGCGUCAAAAAAAUUUUUGUACAUAUUUGAAAGUUUAAGAUAUCUUAGUUGUUGUAUUACUAUGAUUUUUGUAGUUUAACUUUUUAUUUCUCCUUCUUAAAUCCUGUAGUGUUUAUUAUGAAUUUGGAAUUUGA